UUCGGGCGACCAGAUGGACGACUUUGGCAGCGAGUUGUUCAACAGUUUCUUCGACGACCACCUGCUGGAGCGCCCCCUGCUGGCAGACCGGUCUUCACCGCUGCCCCUCGACAUGGACAGCAGCCCAGAGUUCGAGUGGAGCUUCAGCCAGGACCUGUCGGCCAUCUUGGUGAAACAGGAGGAGCCCGAUGGGGGUCAAAGGUUAGAACCGCAGCCGCUGGAUAGCCCGACGCUCGUAUUAAGCCCCGCCCCUCCUCACAGAGGAUCACCAUGGAAACACAUGGAUGACGUGAAGCCCGUUGCCAUAAAGGAUGAACCCGGAGAGAUCGGACAGUACCUCAGCCUGCCCAGCGACGAUGCCCUCCAGCUCCCGCCCACCCCUCCCAGCAGUAACCAUGGCGACAGCGACGGCUCACUCCCACCCUCCUCGCCGCACCUCCCUCUCCCACCGUCUUCCCCACAACCGCAACAGAGGUCGGGAGGUCGUGCCUCCUCCUCCUCCUCCUCGGCCAUCUCCUCGUCCCCGCUCCUCACCGCUCCACAUAAGCUGCAGGGUUCAGGACCCCUCCUGCUGACAGAAGAAGAGAAGAGGACUCUGGUCGCAGAAGGGUACCUGGUUCCCAACAAACUCCCCCUCACCAAGACCGAGGAGAAGGCGCUGAAGAGGGUCCGGCGGAAGAUCAAGAACAAGAUCUCAGCUCAGGAGAGUCGGAGGAAGAAGAAAGAAUAUGUGGAAUGUCUGGAAAAGAAGGUGGACAGCUACACGUCAGAAAACGGCGACCUGUGGAGGAAAGUGGAGAACCUGGAGACGGCGAACAGGUCUCUCCUGCAGCAGCUGCAGAAGCUCCAGGCUCUGAUUUCAGGAAAGGUCAUCCCUCGUUCUUGUAAAAUGGCCUCGACCCAAACAGGAACGUGCAUCAUGAUGGUGGUCCUCUGCUUCGUCCUGGUGUUGGGCUCCUUCUCUCCUCUGUCUUCUCUGUCUCACUCCUCCUCUUUGUCCUCCUCCUCCCCGCCGUCCUCUCACCCUUCGUCGUCGGCGGACCUCUACAUGACCAGUCAGGUCCGUUCCCGCAGCCUGCUCUUCUACGACGAACGGGCUCCUCUGGAGGAGAGUUUGCUGCCGUCGGACGGCGAGAGGCUACGGUCAGGCCACGCCCACAUCCAGACGCGCCGCCACACGGCCGACGCCCACAAGAACCGGACGGCCGGAUCCGACGCAGACCAAAGAGAAAACGAAGCGGGCGACGCCUCCAAGGUUUUCUGACCCGAGGACCCCGCCCCCCCGCCGACAGCGCCCGGGUCCCUGCUGGUCCCAGAUCAGCCGACGGCUCGUCCUGUCAGCGUCACCGCUCGACAAACUUCUUCACAUUUCCUCGUUUCUGCACAAAAGUCUCACCUUCACGUCCAAAUUCUACAAAUUAUGAGUUUAAAA